CUUGCUGCCGAACUAGGAUACUGCAUGUUGGAUUUUUUCGAUGCUAGCUUGGAUUCUAAAGAUAUAUGCUUUUUUGGGUCAUUGGACAACUACACCGGAAGGGACAGGUUCUACCGUUCAUUCUCGUCUCAAUUCCCUAGCUCUCCGGAAUUCCGAGCUUUCCGUAUUGGGCAUCCAGUAUUGCUUUCCUUGGCAAAGAUUUUACUGGAGCUAGAUGAUGGAGAGGCCAUCCCGCUAGAUAUACGUCCUCACUAUGGUAAAGAAAAUGAUCGAGCAUGGUUGCAGCUCUUAUCAAGCUUGGACGUCUUGCAAGAAGGAGGCGCAAGGCUAGAAGACUCCUAUACGGAAGCCAUCAGAGGGUGUCUGAACGUUCAUAGCCAACUUCAACACGUCAAAGCUGAAGGUCCUCAAGCAGAUAUGCUUAUUCGAGGCAAGCUCUACCACCACAUCGUCCAGCAUCUCGAGACUGCUUUGGAAAACUGCUUACCAAAUCUUGGUUUAAAACGCCAGCACUCUAUGAACCCAGAAAUCGAAUCAAUAAUGGAGCCUAUGAACAAACGAAUCCGCACAAUAGAAAAUAAUGCCGACUUUGUGCAUGUCUCUGACAUUCCCGGAGAGCCAUCAGAUGCAUAUCGUGAGCUGCCACGACAGCAAGAUGGCUUAGGCAAGGACGUUCCUUUCGAGUCAAGGCCGCACUCUGAUACUAAGGCCGGAUCUUUUAAGGGAGAGGCUCAGCCUCCAAAGGAUCGGUGCGGCUUUAAGGCCGCCAUUAUAUGCGCUCUACCACUAGAAUUUGACGCUAUCCGAUCCCUCUUUGACUCCAUCUGGCAAGAGCAUUAUCACCACUACGGUAAGCUCAAAGGCGACACGAACCACUACGUCAAUGGGCGCAUAGGUGACCUUGACAUUGUUGUUCUGCUCUUGUCUAGUAUGGGCAAAGUAAGCGCAGCAACUGCAGCUGCCAGCUUAAAAUGCUCCUAUACAGAGUUAGAAGUGGUCUUCCUAGCUGGCAUAUGCGGUGGUAUCCCAGAAGUACGAUCGCCUAACGGUGGAAACAGAGAAGUCCUUCUCGGUGACGCUAUACAUCAGAUCGACACUUUGGUACUAUGUACAUGCUUUAGCAGUCCAAGCCUGAUAUGCGAGCGCUGUCGAAUUGUCUCCUGUGAUGAGGCAGGAUGUGGCGAGGAAUUCCUUGUACCGAGAUGUCGAUUGAAGGAGAAAAUGCUCUUGGAAGGGGAAGAUAACAUUUGCGAGGCACAAAAACCUUUGAUCUUUCUGGAGCGGUUUGGUUCUGGAGACACGGUGCUUAAGUCGAGUCGGGAUCGGGAUAGACUUGGUGAGCGGCUUGGUAUUGCGGCUUUUGAGAUGGAGAGCGCUGGUUUGUGGGAAGACUUGCCAUGUAUUGUGGUAAAAGGUGUCUGCGAUUAUGCAGACUCUCACAAGAAUAAGGAAUGGCAAGACUUUGCUGCAGCAACGUCGGCUUCUGUUGUUAAAGCUUUGCUAGAACGAUACAUUAUGACUGAUAACUAG